UUUUUUUGUUAUGUUUUUUAUCUAUCAACUUAUAAGAAUUAUUUUCUGACUCACAUGAAGAAGUUGGGUUGUCAAAGCGCAACGCAAAUCUUUUCUCUGCGUGUUAACUCUUUUUCUCGUCAUGUUCUGUUAAGUGACUGUAGUAAUCCUCUGAGAACACCUGCUCGUAGUAUUUGUCGCAUAUCCAUGAUCUAAUGGAUUUUUUACGCCUUGUUAAAUAACUUACAAGAACGUCACUGAUUACCUGUAUCCAUGGGUAUUAAAACUGCUCGUCGUUCGCGUUCCCGCUGCUGAUUGUUAUUGUGGAAGAUUUUCGUUUAGUUUCCGACAGACUGUAAGGAUUCCAUUGCAUGAUAGUGAUGCCUGUAUUUACUCUUCUCUGCCGUUCGUUUCGCUUCGGCCCUCCAUUUUUAAGUAUGCAGCAUCAACCCCAUUUUAGAUGAAAAACGCAUCCACGACGCACCCCAACGACAUGCGUUCAGCGGAUUCGUUAAUAGAUCAAGUUCUUUUAGUACAAACAGCUAGAAGUGCUGAAUUAAAUAUUAGUUUGUUGUCUGAAACUCAUGAACAUGAUCGACGCGAUCAUAAUUGUUUCUGUACUCGAUCUUCCAAGGAUCGUGCAAGCAGGAUGGGUUUAACAAAAAGUACGGGCACUCUUAUAAUAUAUUUUUCUACACCUACGGGGGAAAGGAUUGAUCAAAAGAAGUGCUUGCUUCUUGUGUCUCUAUAUGAUUAUGAUUUUAUAACCUUUAAUGAAACACCCACGCCUCCGUUCUGGUCGGUUCCGACAGAACGUCGAGGAGUUAUAGGCUGCCCUCAAAUUUUACUCUGAGCAGUUUGUUGGAGACGGUCAAACGCGUGACCAACCCCGUGGCUUACAUUUUUUGAGUCAAGGAUCUUCAAGCAAUGAACUGCUUAAAAGACAAUUACGCCGUUUCUGCAGAUGGUAUAGAGCAAAAGGUCGCCCGCUCAUUUUGAAAAAGACGCCAGAACACCUCACCUAGGAGGCGGAAUACGUUGUAAACGGUAUCCCCGACAACAUCGUGCUAAGGCAUUUUGCGUUCGGAGUUGUAUCGCCAACUCGGACCUAUUAUAUUGUUUAUACUUGUACUAACUACUAAACGAAUAUAGAAAAGAAGCGACUUUGGAUAGUAAAGUGUGGAAGUCAAUGAGUGCACAUCCUCCAUCAACACACGCGUAAGGGACUUACAUUUGCGCUGUGGGAGGUGUGGGCUUAUUCCCUUUACGAUUUUCACAACUAGGAUAUCCGAGCGUUGUCACUUUUGUAGCGAGCACCGUCGUCCGUUGUCCUUGGUAUCUAGUCAUUAUAAAGUUGGACUACUUCGGGGUGGGAUCAUCAACUAUCUACUUACAACAUGAUGGUCUGAUGAACCAAGAUGAAUGCUGUAGUUGUUCUUGAUCUCUUGCUGUACUUAUCAACUUUGCAGCACUUUGAAGAAGUGAAAAUAUAUUAACUAAGAAGUAAAAAGAUCUAUGGCAAUAAAAGGAGUCGCGGUGGAGGACAUAGAAGAUAAUACUUUAGAGGAGUAACUAAGUGAACAUCAACAAGUAGAAGGAUCAAAAGCAUCUGCGUACUACGUGAUGCACCAGAGGAAUUCUUUCUUGUUAUGAUAUUGGAUUCACAGUGAAGAUUACUAAUCUUGUUCGGAACAAGUUAUCAUCCCGCCGGUAGACAAGGAGAACUACUAGGGAUACAAAUGAAUGAAUGAAGUGAAAAACACAUCAGAUGUGGGGAGACGCUCACGUCGAACGUGGAAGAGAGCAGAUUUAUUUUUUAGAUGGGUCGGUUGGGUGAGUAGAAGCUGCUACUCAAUGAGAAUUCGUUGUUUGAUCUUUCGUCCGUAAGAUGGAGAGACGUGGAAGAGUGUCCGCCUCCGUCAGCGUCGAUGAAUCAUUGCCGUUCUUGUUUUGUUUUUUUUUUUAUACUUGAGUUAAUUAUUAAUUUGCAUGCUAUUGUUAGCUACCAUCUUGGCAUUAUUCAUGCCUAUCGCAUCGGUUUCUUCUGGCUCUACUCGAGCCUGUUUCGUCCCGGACGGCACGGCCUGGCCGUAGAGCCGCGGACCGACCCUAAACCUUGAACUUUGAGCCAGUGGUUGGGAGGGUCUUGUAUCUGGCGACGUUGCGCAGGAUUACGCGACGGCACCAGAUCGGCCGCGAACCUGCAUCAACAGGCGCGAUGUACGAGACAGACGGGCGCGUGCCUAACUAAAAACCACGUUGCUUGGUACAUGCAAAAGGAGUGCUAUAUUAAGCUCAAAUCGUUAUGUUUCUGAUUAUUCCACGACGCAUAAUUGAAGAACGUGUCUUUUUUUUCUGGUCCUAUCUAUCUCUUAGGUGGAGGUGCCAGCCUAUCAACCAGUGCUGCAGGACGGGUAUGGGCAUAAGGGGAACCCAACGACCAGUACAAGAAUAACGCAACAACAAGAAAAAUUCCGGAGCUAAAAAAUCUUUUCAAUUAUACAUAGCAUCAGUCACUUUUAUAGAAGAAAAUUGAAUCACGGGGCGCCGUUUGGUCAAAAUUGAUCUACCAAUAUUCAUCAAAGGGGCUGCUAAGACACUCAUGAAAUGAUGAUGAAGAUGGAUAAUAGAAGGCAUUUCGUUAUCAGUAGUAAAAGAUAUUUUUGAUAUGGAAACGAAUCAAUCCAGCGCGAAUCAAUCCAGCAGAGUUGCAUUGUUUAUAAAUCUGUGUCCUAACGGAGGAUGCUGGGCCUGGGAAUCAAUACCCAGUAAAAAUCCGUUGGCACAGAUUGAUAGAAUACGUGAUGUUGGAAAGUGUAGUGAUAAAUUGCGCAAUAUUCCCCCAAAAACACAAAUUGAUGUGAGGAGACCCAUGAGGCGGCAAUCCAUGGAUACAUCAUCGUUAUUGUGCUACGAAAAAGGAAUAUAUAGUGAUAGUGGCCGCCAGCUGCAGCUCCUGCUUUUUAGAUUGCUUGUCGUAGC